AUGCUGCAGAUGGGUACAGUACUGCAAGGCCACAGCGCCCUCUGGAGGCUGGUUGGACUCCUCCACACUAGGCUUCAGAGGACCAGAGCACAGAGAGACCACAGCGCCCCCUGGAGGCCGUCGACCCUCACUCUUGGGCCUCUCACAGUUGAUCUCCAGCCUGAAAAGCGGACAAGAAAGAGGCAGAGAACCCGGAAAGUCAGUCCAAGGGGGGUGGUUCCAGUGGCGGCGGUCCAGGCGGUUCCAGAAGCGGCUGUCCAGGCGGUCCCAGCGGCGGCGGUCCAGGCGGUCCCAGCAGCGGCAGUCGAGGUCCAGGCGGUCCCAGCAGCGGCAGUCGAGGUCCAGGCGGUCCCAGCGGCGGCGGUCCAGGUGGUCCCAGCGGUGACGGUCCAGGCGGUCCCAGAAGCGGCGGUCCAGGCGGUCCCAGCGGCGGCGGUCCGGGUGGUCCAGGCGGUCGAGGUCCAGGCAGUCGAGGCCCAGGCGGUCCUAGCGGCGACGGUCCAGGCGGUCCCAGCGGCGACGGUCCAGGCGGUUCCAGAAGCGGCGGUCCCAGCGGCGGCACUACAGGUGGUCCCAGCAGCGGCAGUCCAGGUGGUUCAGGCAGUCGAGGUCCAGGCGGUCCCAGCAGCGGCGGUCCAGGUGGUCCCAGCGGUGACGGUCCAGGCAGUCCAGGUCCAGGCGGUCCCAGCAGCGGUGGUCGAGGUCCAGGCGGUUGAGGUCCAGGCAGUCCCAGAAGCAGCGGUCCCAGAAGCAGCGGUCCCAGCGGCGGUGGUCCCAGAUGUGGCGGUCCCAGCAGUGGCGGUUCCAGCAGUGGCGGUUCCAGCGGUGGUCCCAGCAGUGGUCCAGGCGGCAGAUCACCGCUCCCCAACACCGGCUGGCGCUUGCACAGCCAGUCCCCGUGCCAUACCAACCCCAUCCACGGAGACUGUGAAUGCUGUCAAAGAGCUGUGGCUCUCAAAAAGAGCAGUUGAGAGAUCUCUUGGACAGAGAUUGGGUGGGUGGCGGUUCUGUGUGGAUUACCGUCGUCUCAACGCGGCCACAAAGAAGGACUCUUAUCCACUACCCCGCAUUGACGAUGCUCUGGAUUACAUUAGUGGAUCAAGUUGGUUCAGCUCCCUCGACAUGCGAAGUGGAUAUUGGCAGGUGGAGCUCAGCCCCCAGGCCAGGGCAAAGACUGCAUUCACAUUCGGGCAAGGACUCUGGCAGUUUCGUGUAAUGCCAUUUGGCCUGUGCAAUGCGCUGGCCACGUUCGAGCGUCUCAUGGAGCGGGUGCUCGCCGACAUUCCUCGCAGCCAUUGUGUGGUGUACCUGGAUGACCUGCUGGUCCAUGCGAGUGAUUUCAGCAAAGCUUUGGGCCACCUGAGCGGCGUCUUCAGUGCUAUUCGUCACGCUGGUCUGCGGCUGAACCCUGCCAAGAACUUUGCCUCUGUCGCAGGGCCCCUACACUGCCUGACGGACCAAAGAGAGCCUUUUGUUUGGACUAACAGCUGUGACACUGCUUUCAACCAGCUAAAAGCAGCCCUCACAGCCGUGCCCAUCCUUGCGUACCUACACGUAGAUCUCCCCUAUGUGGUGGACAAAGACGCUAGUGGCACCGGAAUUGGGGUUGUCCUUUCACAGCAGGGAGGCGAAGGAGAGCGAGUAGUGGGGUACUACAGUCGCGCUCUCAGUCGUGAGGAGAGGAACUACUGUGUCACACGCCGAGAGCUGUUGGCUGUAGUGAUGGCAGUACACCAUUUUCGCCCUUAUUUGCACGGCAACAAGUUCCUCCUACGCACAGAUCAUGCCUCACUGACCUGGCUUUUAUGUUUCAAGCAGCCAGAGGGACAAGUAGCUCGUUGGCUGGAAGUUCUCCAAACUUACGAUUUUGACAAUCAACAUUGCCCUGGACAACAACACAAUAAUGCGGAUGCCCUGUCACAACGUCCGUGUGUUAUAGCAGAGUGUCGUUACUGCGAGCGCCAGGAAGAGCGGGAUCGGGACAAGCCUAGGGUUUCCACUGCCGCAAUUAACCCCCCUGAUGACCUGUCUUCAGAACAGCUGCAGCAACUGCAAGAGUCCCAUACCACCCUGGCCCUGAUCAGGAAGUGGCUGGAACUGCCCAGACGUCCUGAAUGGCCGGCAGUCCCCCCCCAUGGCACUGAUAUUAAGGCCUAUUACUCUCAGUGGGGAAACAUUGAGCUUCGUAACAGCUUGCUGUUCCGGAGGUGGCGGGCUCCAGGGCAGGGCAAAGACAUCUUACAGUUAUUAGUGCCCCGUUCACUUCAACCUCAGGUCCUUCAGAGUGUGCACGGCUCAAUCGGCUCAGGCCACUUUGGCAUCUCCAAGACCCUCCAUCGGCUUAGGGGACGUUUCUACUGGCCCGGCUGCCGACAGGACGUGGAAAUACAUGUGCAUUGCUGUGAUUUGUGCACUGCUCGGAAAGGUCCCACCCAGCCCUCACAUGCCCCCCUUCAGCAAUACCUGGUCGGGGCUCCCAUGGAACGAGUAGUCCAGGAGUCCAGUCAGUGCACCCCAGCUGCUCUCAUGUUCGGUCGAGAGCUCCGCACACCCGUGGAUCUGGUGUUCGGGAGCCCUCCGGAGCCAGAGAUUGCAGGAGGGCACGAGAUGGACUAUUUCCAAAGACUCAGAGAGCACCUGCGGGUGGUGCAUGACUAUACUCGCCAAGUUCAAGCCAGUUCCGGGGUACGUCAGAAGAGGGCCUAUGACAGUCACUGCCGCGGUCAGCCCUUCCAACCUGGGGACAAAGUGUGGGUUUAUUGCCCCGAUCGAAAGACAGGUAUCUCUCCUAAGCUGUGCAGUCAUUGGAGGGGGCCAGCCGAAGUUGUGGCACGCCUGUCCUACGUGGUAUACCGUACGGAUUACUUGUCCAAGCCCCCCAAGUUCAUCUGUCUCCCAGACGCCCAAUUCGCCAACGUCGUCAACCUGGUCACUUGA